UCAAAUUAGAAUAGGUUGUUUUGUUUUUCUCGUAUAUAUAAAAAAUGCAGGCAGGUUGGUGGGAGCACCGACUGCUUCUAAUUAUUCUACUGCCCAGCUGGUCGUUAGCCGGUGCCGCACUCAAUAACACCAGCAGAUCUCAAGCGACGGCGCCAAUCAACAUCAGCAACACCGGAUGCCCAGCCCAAGGUUCAGGUUCCGGUAGUCUUCAUCAAUUUUGGCAAACAUUUCAUUCAGAGCCUGCAGAUAGAUGUCCGUCCUCCAUUUUAAAGCUCCGCGGCACUGUAUAUAUACUCUAUGAUGUCAACAUCUCUGAGGGAUUCAAUUUACGUCGAGAUGUUUACAUUCGCAUGGCUGUGUUCGUGCGGCGACUUCAGCGGCAACGUAAACGCUUUGCGAAUGUGCGUCUGGUGUUGCCGCCCUGGCCACGUCUCUACCAUUGGCACUCGCACAACCUGGAGCAAAGCCAUUUACUAUGGCGUCACUUCUUUGAUCUGACAAGUUUGAGGCGCUAUGCCAAAGUAUUGGAUUACGAUGAGUUCUUAGCGGAGUAUCGCACAUUUGGAAUGCCAGCUCCACCAUAUGUCCAUAUCUCUCAGGUUUUUCGCCUUAUGCACUAUGAAGUCAUGUUGGAGCAGGGCAUAUUCAGGGAUAAAUACGAACGUGUUUCUCCCAAUGCCGAUGAUCGGGCAUGCAAUGAGUACUCUUUUGUGGGUGGGCCGCUGUUACAACAGGAACUACUCCGUUAUGGACGCUAUCAUUGUGUUCGAUUUCAGGGCAGUGCUGGAUUAGUAGAGCGCAUGCUGCGUGAGGCCAUAGACGAGGAUACGUCGGGGCCGGAGGAUGUUAAUGACAUGAGGGUUUAUGCUGUACUUAGCGCAGAGACUGUCCUUCAUGAUCAUUGGGGUGAUGAACAUUUCUGGAGUGCUCGACGCUCCAUGAGAUUUGCUCAACCCCUCGCUCAGGUAGCUGAGGACUUUCGGCGUAACGUACUGAGCACCACGGACACUUCAGCCGGAGUCCAAAGACCGGCAUUAUGGGAUAUGGAGCGACCGAAACGAGAUGCUAAAGGCGGCGAAUAUUUGUGUGCCCAUUUGAGACGCGGAGACUUUGUGAAAUCACGUGAAACUACCACGCCCACUCUCAAGUCUGCUGCGCAACAGAUAAAACAGCUUCUAAGAGCCUUUAAUUUAACCACCGUGUUUGUAUCCACCGAUGCCACUCCCUAUGAGCUGCUCGAGCUCAAAGAAUUAUUCUACCGCUUUCGGUUUAUCCAUUUCACUCCCGAAUCGAGUGCUCAGAGACUACAACUAAAGGACGGCGGUGUGGCCAUUGUGGAUCAAUUGAUCUGCUCAUACGCCCGCUACUUUGUUGGCACCUAUGAGAGCACCUUUACAUAUCGCAUCUAUGAGGAGCGCGAAAUUCUUGGCUUUAGCAAGGCUAGCACCUUUAAUACAUUCUGCAAGGCACUUGGAGGUAAUUGUGCCCGUAACGCUGUCUGGCCCAUUGUUUGGGGCAACGACGAGGAUGAUGAUGAUAGUGAUGCUGAUUAUUAUCAUAGCGACAGUGAUUUGUACUGAUUUACUCAUUCCAUGCCGUAGAGAUUUAUGCAUUUCUCUCACUUCUCAUCUGUUUUCUAUAUCUCCGCCUGUAUAUAUACUCUAAAACUAUAAUUAAGAUUAACGCUAAGUUACAGUUUUAUUAUGUGAGAUUAUUUUUUUAAGUAAAAUUGUAAUAGAACAACAAAACCCAUCUGCGAUGCUUAUACCAAAAAAGAACAACAACAAACAAACAAAAGCAACAAAUACUACUAUAAUUGUAAAACAAUCUCAAUAAAUUGCCAUUUUGCGUAUUAAAAUUUA